AUGAAAUAUUUGAAACUGCUGUCUUACGUUUGCCUGUACAGGUUCUGGAGAAAACCGUUCAAAGUUCGUGAUUUGCCGUUCAUUCCAAUGAAAAACAUUAUUAGCCAAUUGGAUAUUGAUUCAAUAGUGCAGCUUUUGAAGACAUCAAAUCGAAUGAACAUGAAAUUAAGUAAUUUUAGAAGAAAAAUUCAUAAAUUGAUAAUAAGUCAUCAUGGAGCAUACGACCAAAAUGCAGACACCAUUGAAAAUUCUCGUAUGCAUCAACAUAUUGUAGUCUUAGAAACAAAGAGUGAUGUUAUGUGUGCUUAUAAUUACGCCUUACAUAAGAGCAAAACCUUUAAUUAUUGUUUAUCACAAAACAGCAUAAAUUUCUGGAUUGAAUAUUUUUGCGCCGACAAAAAAACACGACUUCCAAAGUUUGAAUUCAAAAACUCGAACAAUCUUUUGGAACUGUUGAAUAUGUUUUAUAAUAUGUUUUUGAUAGACCAAGUGGCUUUGACAAUUGAUGGAAAUCAACUAAAAGGAGAAUACAAAUUGAUUUUGAAUCACCCAUUGCUUCAAAAAUGUCAUGACAUUGAAAUAGUUGGGAAGAAGUUUUGGGUCUUGGAACGAGACAUGAAAUAUAAAUUAAAUACGAUAAAUGUUACCUCUGGAUUGCAAAUUCAAUGUCGGACGGAUUUUGACUGUAUACUUUUAUCGAAAAUUCUUCACGUCGACAUUUUGAACGCAGAACUGAUCACAGUAGAAGAGCUAAUUGACAUGGAGUGUGAAGUCAUAAAGUUAUGGAAACACGAAUUUACCCCAUUUCAAAUUAAUGAAUUUUUUCAUUGUUGGAUGAUGGGCGCAAUGCCUAAAGUAAGAAGAUUUCGAUUGAAUAUGGGUUGCAAUCAUAUCCUUUAUGAUGAUAUAUUACGUAAUAUUCCCGCCUUGCCGUGGGAUAAAAGAAGGCGUGCCCAGUUUUUUUGCGAUCGAAUUGAACUAGUUGAUUGUGAACAUGGACUCGAUAUAGAACGAGAUGAUCGGCUACUUGCAACUGUAAUUAAACGCUUUGAAGCUGUCGAUUUUGUUGUUUGGCAUGAUCGAUUUCCAACCGAUUCUUGGCAAGAAACGCGCUUCAUAUGA